ACAGCUAACAGUACGGUGAGAUCCGAAUAAUGGGCUUAGUAAGGUGCGUUCCGAGAGUGUUUGUGCUUGCGUGGAACGACCGCUCGGCUGCAUACAUCAACGAUUAGUCCAACAUCAUGGUAUACGGCGGGAAGCCGAGUACCGGCUGUCAAAACUGCCGGAAACGACGCAUCAAGUGUGAUGAAACUCGUCCUCACUGCAAAGCAUGUGUUCGGACGGGCCGGUCCUGUCCAGGCUACCCUCAUCCUCUUGAUGUUGUGUUACGGGACCAGGUAGCAUUCCAUCGCAAGAAGCGAGAUACGCCCAGUAGUACAAUCUCAACUCCUACGGUGGGGUCGGAGUCAACUCAGCCGUCACCAACUCCGAUCACCUUAACCGAUGCUUUUUCCGACGGCAGCUCUAAUGCAGGUACGCCGUUUGGUGCCCUACUGCGUAGCCCGCCGGCGGUCCCGAGAGGCCUGUUUUUAUCUACGGAGGAUACCGUGACCUCGAUGUUUUUUAACUCAUUCAUCUAUUCGCCUCGAGAUCCGUUGAUUCUGCAGGGGUUCAUGGAUAUCCUGCCGGAUGUUUUCUUUUAUACGCAGCCCGAAUCUCCCCUUCACCUCGGCACUUUGGCUGUGUCGUUUUUUUCCGUGGCUGCCUGGACGGGUAAUCGGGCGUUCCUUCAGUCGGCAGAGCAGCUGUUCGUCAAGACUCUGGCCAAGACCAGGAAGGCGUUGCAGGGAGAUAUCAGUCAGAAUGUGGAUGAUAUACUAAUGGCUAUCCUUCUACUUUCGACCUAUGAGGAGUUUUGCGCGUUGAAAGAAGGUCGCCAGCCAGCGAGAACCCAUCUGCGCGGCGCCGUUGCUCUGGUAAAUAGCAAGAGCCCGGCCCAGCGGUCGUCGAUCCUGUCGCUGACAUUGGAGACCUCCGUUCAAGUCCAACUGGUCAAAUCAUCCAAAGGACUCGCCUAUCCCACCAUGCCAGCGCCGAGUGCAUGGCCGGUGUCUCCGGAAGCGCCUCAGGCGGCGACAUCCCAGCUUUGGAUGUUCACAUCGGAGCUCGCCAGUCUCCGACAAGCCUGGGAUCAGUUCAACUACGAAGGUGCACACGAUAUUAAAGAGAUCCAUGAUCUUCUAGCAUGGGCAUACCGCCUCGACGCAUCUCUGGAAGCCUGGACCUACGCCCUCCCGGCACACUGGAAGCCCGUUCCGGCCACCUGCAUCCCCCAAUCCGUUCGACAGGCCGGCAUGUACAAGAACCGAUGCGACUGCUACACUGACAUGUGGGUGGCAGGCACAUGGAACUUCUAUCGGGAUUCCCGGAUUGUGGUGCAAAACAUCAUUCGCUGCUGUCUGGCGCUGCUGCCGGGUGGUGCACCGGAGCAGAUCCAGGCGACCAUCGAUAUGACGUACAAGCUGGCUCUGGAUAUCUGCGGCACGGUGCCGUACAUUCUUGGGAGUCAGACGAUGUCGGUGCAUGUGGGUCAGGAGAAGAUCGAGUAUCCCGAGGCGGAUGGACGGCGGGGGACACUGGCCCAUCACCAGACUGCCGGGCUGAUCGGGGGGUGGGUGGUGUCGUCUCACAUGUCCAACAUACAGCUAUUCUGUGGGAACGAGGAGUUGAAUGCAUGGAUCGCUGAGCAAAAGGAGCGGGUGCUGCGGAUAUAUACAUUUGGGAGGCAGCCUGCAUAGUGCAUUGCCGUAUAUGAAUCUAAUGUUAAUACUAAAUAAACUCAGG